ACAAUGGCGACGCGCCCGGUUUGCCCUCGACAUGCGGUGCAUUAUGCCGUAGCGCCGUCAAGAUGGUUGUCAAGGCCGAUGCUGUCUCUGUGCCCAAGAAGGCCCGACUGUCCCUGAAGGAAUUCCUCGACUUUGUACCGGCCUUUUUCCGCCUGGUCCUGGCUGCUCUCCACGCUGCGCUGACCGGGUUCUCACGGGGGCCGGGACAGGCGAAGAGUCUCUUCCUGCACGUCGGAUAUGCGAUUCUGAGAAAGUCGACGCAGAGACUGUCCACGGCGCAGUUGCAGGCGUUCUCCCCAUCGAGCAGCAAGACAUAUGCGCGGUUCGCUCGCCGCGUUCGCCAGACUCCGGAGACCGUCCAGCUUGGCCACGGCGCUCUGGGACACUGGAUCGGCGACAAGAAUGCGAAGAAUGUCCUGGUCUGGUAUCAUGGAGGAGGAUUCGCCCUCCCGGCCAACAUCGGAUACUUCCGUUUCUACCACAACGUCGUGAAGCAGGCGACCAAGGCCGGUAAAUCCCUGGCCGUCUUCAGCCUGACGUACACGCUUGCGCCGCAGGCCUCCUAUCCGACUCAGCUGCGACAAGCCGUCGAAUGUCUGCGCUACGUCCUCAGUGCCUCCCCCCACCGCAGUCCCUCGAAUAUCUGCCUUGCGGGCGACUCCGCCGGAGGAAACCUCCUUUUCGGCGUCCUGUCGCACAUCUCGCACCCACACCCGGAAAUCGAGCCAUUGGGGCUGCAAUCCGUCAAACUGGCCGGCGCGAUCGCUCUCUCGCCGUGGGUCUACCUCGAAACGGACUUUGGCGACCGGCAAAUUGACCCGACGGGUGAUCUGAUCGCAGACUCGGUGGCUAAGGUCUGGGCCCCGGCUUACCUAGGUGGGAGGCCGAGAGACAACUAUACGGACGUGGUGCUCGCUCCGGAAGACUGGUACAAGGAUUUCCAGGUGGAAAAACUCUUGGUGCUGGCGGGCGGCAAUGAGAUUUUAAUGCCGGUUAUCGAGGAGUUUAUGGCGAAGCUUACGAAAACAUUCCCCGAUGCAGAGCUCUUUGUUGGCGAUCGCGAGUGCCACGUUGCACCGGUGUAUAACCUGUAUCUUGGAGAUAAGACGGAGACGACUCAGGGUCUGAAGCUCUACUCCUGGCUCAUCGACUUGCUGUGAGAUGGCCUGAUAAAAGUAAUUGCAAAGAGGGAUCGGUUGGGAUGCACAUAACGAGAAUCAAAGUCUGGGAUAUUAUCAUUUAUACACAUGCCAUAAACCCUGAAUACAUCCAACACCCCCAAAAUGACCUACCACCUACCACUCCUCCACCAAUACACGAACGCUGCCCAUGUAGAAAGGUAAUCUGUGCAUAAUUUGUCGACGCUCCGCCGUGACCAUUGACGGUCGGUUCGCCGUUCUUCCCGUAAUCGAUCCAGCGUUCCGGCAUGAAUGGCUCGCCGGUCGCGCCCCAGAGCAACGGACAGCGGUUGAUGGCGUACGGACAGAGGACAAUGUGCGUUCCCUUCGGGAUACGAGUGCCGGCGACAGUGGUGUCGCGCACGGCUUCACGGAUCGUCGUCGGAACCGUGGGAUAGAGGCGUAACGCCUCCUGACAGACGCCGUUCAGGAGCGGAAGAGACUCGAGCGCGUUCCAGGUGACGGAAGAAGCGGCGGACGGGAUUCUCG